AUGCUAAGUUUUGGACAGCUAUUUGGAAGCAACUUCUGGAGCUCAUUCAAGCAACAACCAAGUGAAUCAAUCGAGAACCUACUCAAGCAACCCGAAUGUAAACUCGAGGAACUCUUAGACGAUGGUGAUUUGCUCCAAGAAUGCAAAAAUGGAAACAAGAAUCUUAUUAAAUAUCUUGACCGGGAAAAAGUUAAACAGUUGAUCGAUCUCAUCACUGUCAUGCCCGAGACAGACGAGCACAACAGAGGACACAAGUACCCAUUCGUAGCUAACGAAGUUUUCAACUGUGAUAUGCAACAGAUACUUGACAAGUUCUUCAUCUCCCCUGCAGAUGAUGUCCCUGAAGAAGAACCCGACGAACAGGCAGAAGCAGAAGACGGUAACAAGUCCGACCAAGGAUACGAGAAAGAUCACGAUGACUCUGGAAGUGACUCUGAAGAAGGAGACUUCACAAAUGAAGGCGAAGAAGAGGACCACGACAAGAAAGAUACCACUACUAAAGACGAUGAAUCUCCAGAAGAAACACACUCUGAAGAAAAGACUGAUACUCCUAUUGAAGAUAAAGACCAAAAAGAAGAAUCUGCUGAAGAGACUCCAAAGGAAGAGGAAAAGAAGGAUUCUGAGAAUGAGAGCAGCUCUCCAUCUACUGAAGCAGCCAUUCAGCCUGAAGAUACAAAGGAAGAGGGAAAAGAAGCUGAUAAGGAAGAAUCUGCCCCUAAGGAUUCUCAAGAAGCAGCUAGUCCACCAACAACCGUUGAAAAGGAUGAUGAAAAGAAAGCUGAAGAAACACCAGAGAAAGUAGAGGGUUCCACUGAAGCUUCUGCAGAAGCUCCAAAGAGUGAAACUGAGGAAGAAGAGAAGACUGAUGAUGCCUCAACCCACGUAUCCGAGGCCCAGAGCGAGACUGUUCCUGCUGAACCCUUGAGCACUAACAAAUAUGAUCUUCUUGAUUAUCUCAACAAUUUUAUUGAUACAGAGGAUGUCUUGAAUGAUGUACUUUCAGGGUACUUUGCUAGGUUAUUGGCUGUAUUGAUCCAAAAAAAGAGUGAUGAUAUAGCUACCUACUACUUCAAGAAUGAGGAACUUCUCUAUAGAUUUGCUUAUCAUAGCUAUUCUAAAAGUAUCACUGAUACUAUCAUUAAGAUUCUUGAUAUUCCUAGUACUAAAAUCGAAUUAGAAGAACAAGAAAUCACUAGAGUCAGAAAAGAAUUCAUCCGCAGACUUCUUGGUAGACUUGGAGAUCAUGAAAACACUGAGUGCUUCGAAUACUCCUUGAAUAUCUUCCAGAUCUUCAAUGAGCUCACAUUCAAGAAAGCAUACUAUCCUCUCUUGAUUGAGCAAGAAUUCACUAACACUCUCAAAGAAAUCCUUUUGAACCCUCAAACUCCAGAGUGCAAUGCUAAUGCUUCUGUUAGGAUUUUGAAUGUACUUAUUUCUCACUUAAGAAAUGAAAUCUCAGCUUCCAACAAUAUCCAGACUACUCCACACACAUUUAUGGAUGACAAUGAUGAGGUUGUUCUUGAAGACAAUGAUUCUAAGGACCAGGAACAAUCCCAGUCAGUUGAAGAGCAACUCACCAACCAUCCUUUGGUUGAAUUCUUUAAGAGCCAGGUUAUCAACCAUUUGGUCAACGAACUUGACAAAGAGCCAGAGACCAAGCAUAUUGAUUUCCAAUACGGAGAAAAUCAGCCCAUUUUGGGUAAGAAGAGACUUGCUUGUAUCAACCUUCUUGAAUCCUUGGUAGAACUUGAUGAGCAAUCUCUUAGAGAGAGAAUUUUGGAGACAGAUUUUUACAAGAAAUUGUUCGAUUUAUUCUUACAAUUCAAAAACAACACAUUCCUUCAUUUACACUUGGAUAAUAUUUUCAACCGUAUUUUGAAGGAUUCAAACACAACAACCGAUAAAAAGGUUGCUUUCCUCGAGAAACUUGGAAUCUUUGAAAAGCUUCCAGAGUUCUGGAGUGAAAACAAAGCGUUUGUAUUCCCUUCACAGCGUGAAUUCCGUCAUGGAUAUCUCGCUUUUACCACAAGGUUUGCAAACAUCCUCAGAGACUUAUCCGCUCAGAGCGAUCAGAGCACUACUGCCGAAGUCGAAAACGACAAACCAGAAGAGCAGACUCCCGUUGAGGAGGUCAAAGCUUCUCCAUUGCAGCAGAAACUUGACAAGCAAUCAUGGAUUGACUUCGUUACCAAUGAUGUUAAAGUGUACAAUGAACUCAAUGCAAUUAAUCUAGCCAACAGAGGAUCUACCAGAAAGGACUCAGAUGACUUUGAUGAGAUCGAUGAUGACGACGAAUUCAAGAAUGCUUUGAAGAGAGAUGACCUCGAUGAUGAUGACGAAAAGCAUGAAGAAUUCUCCUCCAACAGAACCUCUGUUAGACAGACCUUACAAGAAUAUGAUGCAGAUAAAGCUAGAGAAGAACACGAAAAUGAUUAUCUCGGUGACACCAUAGAGAAAGACGACGACGAAGAUAACCUUUUCUCUGGGCUAAACUCAAGAGCUGACCUCGAUGAUGACAGCGACGAGGAUAAGCCUAUUGGUGGCGACUACAACGAUAGUAGUGAUGACGACUCUGAAAAUGAGAAGGAAGAUGUCUCUGAAAACAGUGGCUAUUAUGAUAAUAGCUACUGGGGAGUGAACGAUCAAUACUCAAUCGAAGACUUGCUCCAAGAGUAAAUUAAUUGUCUUCGAAGAGUAGGCCUUCUAAGUUUUGAAGGCUGUUCACUAUGUACUCUUCACCCAAUUCACUGUAGAGGUGUCUCUGUGGCAGUUGCCGCUAUUUAAGACCCAUUAUCUUCAGUGAAUCAACACAUUCAUGUAUUUUUCAAUAGUUCA